AGAAUAAGGAGAAGAAGAUAAAGAUUAAUCUGCAGGCAAAACUAGUUGGAAUUGAGAGAUGCCGGUGGCCAGAGGUAGAGCUUGGGUACAGAGAGGAGGGUAAGGUAUCAGUCACCGAUGGGCAAUGGCUUCCUUUCAACACUUACGACCGUUUUCGCAAACUAGCCUCGUGGGUUGUGUGAAUUAAAAGCUCAUAGCCCAUUUUAGGAUCCAACUAGAAAGCCCAAACACGCUGCUGCUGAGGAGUACAUAUACAGUCUCUGUUAGUGCUCUGGCAUAGGAAGCGAGCAAGUACUAUGCUCUCUUUGGCUUGCCAGAAGCGAGAGCGGUACUGGAUGUUCAAAUUACACUGACCGAGCAUAGAAGCAUCGAGAAAAUGGCAUGGCAAUGGCGUUUAUUUGGUUUUCUCUCUCUCAGUUUGCUCGUAUUUUCUGCAACAACCAAUGCUUCGCAGUGCUCAAUCAAGUGGUUGCCAGUUGUGAGGAAUGUUAGUGAGCUUCCUCAGGAUGAUUAUGGAAGGCGAGGUUUGUCCCAUGUUACUGUUGCUGGUUCUGUCUUGCAUGGGAUGAAAGAGGUGGAGGUAUGGCUUCAAACUUUUUCUCCAGGCUCACGCACUCCAAUCCACAGACACUCAUGUGAAGAAGUUUUUAUUGUCCUAAAGGGAAGUGGCACUCUCUAUCUUGCCUCAAGUUCACAUGAGAAGUCUCCUGGAAAGCCACAAGAAUAUGCCAUCUUUUCCAAUAGCACAUUCCAUAUCCCUGUCAAUGAUGCUCACCAGGUCUGGAAUACAAAUGAACACGAGGAUUUGCAAGUGCUUGUCAUAAUAUCUCGUCCACCAGUCAAAGUGUUCAUAUAUGAUGACUGGUUCAUGCCCCACAUUGCAGCAAGAUUGAAGUUUCCCUACUAUUGGGAUGAACAGUGCCUACAAGUUCAAGCAUCUCCAAAAGAUGAACUUUAAUCACAAGGAAAUACCACUGUAUAUUGCUUACACAAGCAUGUUAAUUUCUGCUGUGGACUGAUAAAUACUUGAUACGAAAAGCUAUCUUACCAGGAGCAUAGAAGGCUUUUCUUUUCUCUUGUAAAAUAGCAUAAGCUGUGAAACUUGUAUAUUCUGAAAGCUCGUGGCUGAUUGGCACGUGGUGAACAAUCUUCAGGUUUGAAAUUCUACUUCCAAUUUAGAUCUUAACUUUGCUCUUUGAACUGUGAGAAGAUAAGAAUGGAAAAUAGGAACGAGAAGGAUGCUAUUAACUUCCACUUUAUAGUUCUUAUAUUAAGUGUGGGCCUUUGAUUUUUAAUGAUCAAUGCUUUGACAA